AACAAAAAAUAACUAGAAACAUCCUGACAAACCUAUCAAAAUGCCGGGUGGUCGAAGAGGUUUAGUGGCUCCACAAAACACAUUCCUGGAGAAUAUUAUACGACGUUCCAACUCACAACCGGACAGUUCAUUCCUUUUGGCCAAUGCUCAAAUUGUGGAUUUCCCCAUUGUCUAUUGCAAUGAAUCGUUUUGCAAAAUUAGUGGCUAUAAUCGGGCGGAGGUUAUGCAAAAGUCGUGCAGAUGCGGCUUUAUGUAUGGCGAGCUGACAGACAAGGAAACAGUGGCCCGCUUGGAGUACACACUGGAAAACCAGCAACAGGAUCAAUUUGAAAUAUUGCUCUACAAGAAGAAUAAAACACCACUAUGGCUGCUAUUACAGGUUGCACCGAUACGCAACGAACGGGAUUUGGUUGUAUUGUUCCUGUUAACAUUUCGCGAUAUUACCGCCCUCAAACAACCGAUCGACAGCGAAGAUACCAAAGGUGUUUUAGGUCUAUCGAAAUUUGCAAAAUUGGCCCGUUCGGUAACGAGAAGUCGUCAAUUCAGCGCACAUUUGCCAACGUUAAAGGAUCCAACGAAACAAUCAAAUUUGGCACAUAUGAUGUCCCUUAGUGCGGAUAUUAUGCCGCAAUAUAGACAGGAAGCGCCUAAAACACCACCUCACAUAUUAUUGCAUUAUUGUGCAUUUAAAGCCAUAUGGGAUUGGGUUAUAUUGUGUUUAACAUUUUAUACAGCAAUUAUGGUGCCAUAUAAUGUCGCUUUUAAAAAUAAAACCUCAGAAGAUGUUUCAUUACUCGUUGUUGAUUCAAUUGUAGAUGUUAUUUUCUUUAUUGAUAUUGUUUUAAAUUUUCAUACAACCUUUGUGGGUCCUGGCGGCGAAGUGGUCAGCGACCCCAAGGUGAUCCGUAUGAAUUAUCUUAAAUCAUGGUUCAUUAUCGAUUUGCUCAGCUGCCUGCCAUAUGAUGUCUUCAAUGCCUUCGACAGGGAUGAAGAUGGCAUUGGUUCGCUAUUUAGUGCGCUAAAGGUGGUACGCCUAUUGCGGCUGGGCAGAGUUGUACGAAAAUUGGAUCGUUAUUUGGAAUAUGGUGCGGCCAUGUUGAUACUGCUGUUGUGUUUUUAUAUGCUGGUGGCCCAUUGGCUGGCAUGUAUAUGGUAUUCGAUAGGUCGAACGGAUGCUGAUAAUGGAAUCCAAUAUAGUUGGCUGUGGAAGCUGGCCAAUGUCACCCAAUCCCCCUAUUCGUAUAUCUAUAAUAAUGAUUCCACAGAACUGAUAAAUGGUCCCUCGCGUAAGAGUAUGUAUGUAACGGCCUUGUAUUUUACCAUGACUUGUAUGACAUCGGUGGGAUUUGGCAAUGUCGCCGCCGAGACGGACAACGAGAAGGUGUUCACCAUCUGCAUGAUGAUAAUUGCAGCUCUACUUUAUGCCACCAUUUUUGGUCAUGUCACCACCAUCAUCCAACAGAUGACCUCGGCCACGGCUAAGUAUCACGACAUGCUGAACAAUGUCCGAGAGUUUAUGAAGCUGCACGAGGUGCCAAAGGCCUUAAGUGAACGUGUCAUGGAUUAUGUGGUAUCCACGUGGGCCAUGACCAAGGGUUUAGAUACGGAAAAGGUACUAAACUAUUGUCCGAAAGAUAUGAAGGCUGAUAUUUGUGUUCAUCUAAAUCGCAAAGUAUUUAACGAGCAUCCAGCAUUUCGUCUUGCCUCGGAUGGUUGUCUUCGGGCCCUGGCCAUGCAUUUUAUGAUGUCGCAUUCGGCACCGGGCGAUCUGCUCUAUCACACGGGCGAGAGCAUAGAUAGUUUGUGUUUUAUUGUGACCGGUUCGCUGGAGGUUAUACAGGACGAUGAAGUUGUGGCUAUAUUGGGUAAAGGUGACGUCUUUGGCGACCAAUUCUGGAAGGAUUCUGCCGUUGGCCAGAGUGCGGCCAAUGUCCGUGCCCUUACCUACUGUGAUUUGCAUGCCAUCAAACGUGAUAAAUUACUCGAAGUCCUCGAUUUCUAUUCAGCUUUCGCAAAUAGCUUUGCUCGCAAUCUGGUACUCACCUACAAUCUGAGACAUCGUUUGAUUUUUCGCAAGGUGGCCGAUGUGAAACGCGAAAAAGAAUUGGCCGAAAGGCGAAAAAACGAGCCACAAUUGCCUCAGAAUCAGGACCACUUGGUGCGCAAGAUCUUUUCGAAGUUCCGGCGGACGCCACAGGUCCAAACCGGCUCAAAAGAGGCCGUCUCCGGGCAAAGUGAUGUGGAAAAAGAUACUGCCGAUACUGAUCGUAAUAAGUUACCUGCCAAAUUAACAUUAACCGAGGAUUCCCGUGUAUUAACAACCACCGCUGCCGCACCCACACCCUCGCCCUCCCCAUCACCAUCAUCGGGUCCACCAUCUGCACGUAGUACCCGUGCUAGCAAAUGGGGUCGCCUUUUGGGUAGUUCAAGUGUCGAUUCGGCUAGCGAUACCAGCGCCAAGGUAGCAGUUUCGAGAAGUUUGAGUGCCCGCGAAAGUCUGCGUGAAAGCACUGCCGCUCAGGCGAGGCAGAGUAGUACUUCGAGUAGCAAUGGUGGACAAGGCAAUAAAGUAUUCCCUAAGGCACCCAAACUGCAGGCAAGCCAAGCCACAUUGGCCCGCCAGGACACCAUCGAUGAGGGCGGCGAAGUCGACUCAUCACCGCCCAGCCGUGACAGUCGCGUCGUCAUCGAGGGCAGCAGCGCUCCCACCACCACAACAACACUCAGCCUGGCCGCUAUCACGGCUAAAGACCGCAAUCUGGCGUUGGAACGUGAACGACAAAUCGAAAUGGCUUCAUCGCGUGCCACCACCUCGGAUACCUAUGAUACAGGUCUGCGAGAACAGCCUCCCACGUUGGCGCAACGUGAUCUGAUUGCCACCGUUUUGGAUCUGAAAGUUGAUGUACGCCUCGAAUUACAGCGCAUGCAACAGCGUAUUGGUCGCAUUGAGGACAUGCUGGGGGAAUUGGUGAAACGUUUGCAACAGCAUGAUUCCUCCGGCCAGACAACGCCUGCUGAUGAUAACGUGUGUGUAUGCGGUAGUUCGACGGCAACCACAGCGGCCAGUGGCAGCAGCUCAGGGGGCUUAGUUGGUAGACGCCCUGAAGGUGGGGCGACACAUUCCACCGCCACAACGCCAGCCGCCGAUACGGUCAUAACAAUAUCCACAGUUCCGCCGCCGCCGUCUUCGUCGUCCACCGCAACGGGCAUCAUCGGUGCGGCUGGCAUCGUUGCCGGUAGUGGAUUGGUGGUUGCGGGCGCCCCCUCCGCUUCGACAACAGCAGGUGCAGCUGCAACAGUAGUGAUGCCAACUACCGUUGCAGCAACUAGCUCAUCCAACCUGCUGCAGCCGGUACAAAUGGUUACCACAACGGGUGGCAAUGGUCUCGGACCUUUGAUGCUUAAAAAGCGGCGUUCGAAGAGCAGAAAAGCACCGGCGCCUCCCAAGCAGACCCAUUCGCAAGCCGCUGCCGCUAGUGCCGUUGUCCAGAGUCCUGAACAGCAGCGAUUACUCGAAGAGGAGUUGCCCACAAUGCAGCAGCAGCCGGUGGCUCCAUCAACGGUGGCCACCACUGUUGUCGCCACAGCCUCAGGCAGUGCCGGCCAAGCUGGGACAACUACAGCCACCACCACAACCGGUGGUGGCCCAGCCAGCGGCUCAGCAGGUGUUGGUGGCCGUUCGAAACGUGAAUUUCUCUAG